ACUGUGUGCAGACAGCUGUGAGAAAGAGCAGGGCUGCUGCCUAGCCUGGGUGAUCAUUGCAUAUAAGGAAUCAGAGAGGGAGCGGGGGGCACACCUUGCGAUUACCUGGUAAAUAAUAUAAAACAUGACUUUGGUUUUUUUUUGUUUUGUUUUUUUAGGCCACACCUAGUAGUAGUACCUAGGGGCUACUCCAGAACAGUGCUGAGGGGAGCUCCUGGUGGUCCUCCUUGGAGGACCAUGUGCCACGGAUCAAACUGGGCCUCUUGCAUGCAAAGCAUGUACACUUGCCCUUUGAGCUAACUCCUUUGCCUUUUUUUUUUGCUUUGCUUUUUGGGUCACACCUGGUGAUGCUCAGGGGUUACUCCUGGCUCAUGCACUCAGGAAUUACUCCUGGCGGUGCUCAGGGGACCAUAUGGGAUGUGGGAAGUCAAACCUGGUCGGCCGCGUGCAAGACAAACGCUCUACCCGCUGUGCUAUCGCUCCAGUCCCACUCCUUUGCCUUUAAAACAUGAUUUUUUAAUUGCAAAAACUGAGAUUUAUUAUGAUGUAGGAGGCAAAGGUAGCACCACUGUUUGAAAAUGCAUCUAAACCAACUGACAGAGUGUUUCUGUGGGAAGGCUGCUUUGUGGGGUGUCUCUUGCUGUGUGGGUGUAUUGGCCAAGUUUGCUAGUUUCCGGCAGAGAGCUUCAUUCUCAGGCUGUGAGGCACUGGAGGCUGGAGUUGAUGUGUGCUGGCUUGGACCACUAUCUUCCUGCUCCCCUCUUCCAAGGUGCAGAUCCCUCAACAGAGUGUCCAGGGGAGGCUCCCCGUCUCAGAACCCUCAUAUCUUCAGAGCCGCAGUCCCUGUGGCCAGGGAGAUUUUCAGGUUUGGGGAUAGGGCAUGGCCUUUCAAGUCCCACUUCCUUUCCUGGCCAGAUGAGGUUGCAGAUGGCUUCCUGCAAGUCUGGCCUUUGUGGGGUGCAAUGUUAGUCCCCACAGGAGUAGAUGCACUUCAGGUGCUCAUUUCCAGAGAUGGACCCCACCCUGCUUGAACCCCAUCAGACCAGCGUGGGUGGGCGCUCUAUGGGCUGGCCCAGAAGGGCACUGGUCUCUGCUGAUGAGUCAGGGUUCUUUGCUUAUCCCACAUUCCCGAUUCUCUAGGAGCCCAGGACUUGACAGCUGUGAUUUGUCACAGUGAAGGGCAGUGGCCAGCCUCUUGGGUAUUUAGCCCAGCUGCUAGAGUCCUGGAAGUCGCACAGGCCUGCUUACCUGUGCGAACGCCUAACAGGAGGAAAGGAUGCCAGCUGCACGAAGGCGGUCCAAGCCAAAGGCACCAGUGACGUUUGGGGAUCUUGCCAUCUACUUCUCCCGGGAGGAGUGGGAAUGGCUGAGUCCCAUUCAGAAGGAACUGUAUGAAGAUGUUAUGCUGGAGAACUACCAGAAUCUGGUAUCUGUUGGACUUGCCUCUCGGAGGCCAAAUGUGAUCACUUUACUGGAGAAAGGGAAGGUGCCGUGGACUGUGGAGUCAGCUAGAAGAAGCCGGGGCUCAGACUCAGGGUCUAAAGGUGGGACCAAGAAGUUACCUCCAACUCACUGGAGCAAAGAUGGGCAAAACAUCUGUCAAAAACCAAUUUCUGCACCACAGAAAACUCCCACAGGAAAGAAAGGCUGCACAAAAAAUUCAAAUCUAUUAAAAUCUAAGAAAGUGCGUUCAGGGAAGAAAAAUUUAAAAUGUGGUGACUGUGGGAAAACCUUUAGUAGCAGCUUAUCUCUUAAACUCCAUCAGAAUUUGCAUACUGAAGAGAAGCCUUAUGAGUGCAGUAAUUGCAGAAAAUCUUUUAGACAGAUCUCAUCCCUAAUUCUUCAUCAGAAAAUUCAUAGUGGAAGGAAAAUUCAUGAAUGUGAUAAAUGUGGAGAAAACUUUAUUCAAAGAACAACCCUUAUUCUACAUGGGAAAACUCAUAAUGGAAAAGAAACUGACUGUGGGAAGACCUUGAGUCAAUGCCUGUCUCUCUCUGUACCUCAGAAAAUUCACGUGGUUGAGAAAGCUAACCAGUGUAGAAAAUGUGAGAAAGCUCUCACUCAUACAUCAUCUUUUUCACUGCGUAAGAAAAUUCAUGGUAGAAAGAAAACACACAAGUGCAAUAAAUGUGGGAAACGCUUCAGAAAGAAGUCAGUGUUUGUUAGACAUAAAAGGCAUCAUACUGGAGAGAAAACCCAUGAAAAUAAGAAAUCCUUACGUCAGAAUCUACAGAAGAAACGUCUCCAUUUAGAAAAUCCUUAUAAAUGCAAGAAAUGUGGGAAAUCCUUUAGUAGGAUUUCAUCCAUUGUGCUUCAUCAGAGAAUUCACAUGUCAGAGAAGUCCCUUAAGUGUGGUAAAUGCAAGAAGGCUUUCAAACGACUGUCAACCCUUAUUCUACAUUUAAAAGCUAAAAACUGCAAGAAAGUGUAUGAAUGCAAUAAGUGUGAGAAGAUCUAUAAUAGAUAUUUGUCCUUUAUUCAACAUCAGAAAAUUCAUGCAAGGAAAAAGAAACUGUUUGAAUGUAAGGAAUGUGGGAAAAUGUUUUCUGGAACUGCGAACCUUAAAAUACAUCAGAAUAUUCAUUCUGAAGAGAAGCCUUUCAAAUGCAACAAGUGCAGUAAAGUGUUUGGCCGACAAUCUUUUCUUAUUGAGCAUCAAAGAAUUCAUACUGGAGAAAAACCCUAUCAAUGUGAGGACUGUGGGAAAGCCUUCAGUCACCGAAUAUCUCUUACUCGACAUAAGAGGAUUCAUACCGAAGACAGACCAUAUGAAUGUGACCAUUGUGGGAAGGCAUUUAGUCAGAGUGCACACCUUGCCCAACAUGAAAGAAUUCAUACUGGAGAAAAACCAUACACAUGUAAAACAUGUGGGAAGGCCUUCAGUCAGCGCACAUCCCUUAUUCUGCAUGAAAGAAGUCAUACUGGCGAAAAGCCCUAUGAAUGUAAUGAAUGUGGAAAGGCAUUCAGUAGUGGGUCAGAUCUUAUCCGGCAUCAGCGAAGUCAUUCUUUUGAGAAACCCUAUGAAUGCAGUAAGUGUGGGAAAGCUUAUAGCCGGAGCUCCUCCUUGAUUCGACAUCAAAAUUCACAUUCUGAAGGAAAAGCUAAACGCCGUGGUAAAAAUGCAAAAGCAGAGUGAGGCUGUCAGAAUUGCAGCCACAGAAACAUGGAAAAUGCACAUGUCUGUAACACUGAUAAAAUGGGACCACUUGAUGUGUUCCAAUUCGAAAGCCAAAGAGCAAGUCAUUGAUGACUUUUUUACGUACAGAUUUGAAAUUAGCCGAGAUGGUGAUCUUACUAUAUGUCUUAAUUUUAGAGCAGUAAGAGCAAAUCAUUUUAGUAAAAACCAUACUUAAUUUGAUGAGUUUCUGGUGUUUACUGAUGUGAUUUUAAAGUUGUCUCAUUGGUCUUGUACAACAAAGUGAAACUGUGAAGUCUAUUUUUGUGGAUAGGACUUUGUUCAUUAGAAAUAGAAUUAACACAUAUAUGGGACUUCCUGAAAACCAGAGUGCCACUUUAAGCCAGCAGAAAUUACAAGUGAGAAUAAAGAGGAAUUGUCUUUAAGUGUAUAAAAAUAGCUAUCAUAUUUGUACAGAAUGAACUUCAAAGCAGGGAGAAAUUGUUUUGUGUCAUUUGAAAAUACAGUGUUUAUAUUUAUAUAACAAAUAUUGGUAUUUUUAUGUAAGAACAUUGUGUAUUAAGUGACUUGUAUAUGUAGUGCUUUGGACUAUGUCCCUCCAAAAUUCCUAUGUUGCAGGGCUAGAGCAAUAGUACACAGGUGGGGAUUUGCCUUGCAUGUACGCAGCUGACCUAGAUUCAACCCCCAGCAUCUCCUAUAUACACCCCAAAGCACUCCCAAGAGCCGGUGUGGCCCCCUAAUAAAAAACAACAGAAACACAAAAUACAUAUGCUGCAAUCCAAUCCUCAAUGUGUCUGGAAAUGAGGCCUUUGGAAAGUAAUAUUUCAGACGAGUGUCCUUAAAAGAAAGCCAGAAGCUUGCUGUCUGCCAUGAGGAUAGAACAGGAGAUAGUGUCUCCAUGCCAUGAAAAUGAUUCUCAUCUGUAUCCCACCAUGCUGGCAUCCUCCUCUUGGACUUUCAGACUCCAGAACUGUAAAUAAUUUCUUUUGCCACCCAUUCUUUGUAGCUUUGUAUGGCAGCCUGAGCUAAUUUAUAGAUCUGUGUACUUAGCUAAUUUAUGGUUCUAUAUACCAACCAAACUCUUUUCUUGUUACCUGUUUGCCAUGUAGCUUUCAGUUGCCUUUUUUAGGUUGUGUAAAAUAUGUAAGAAAUAAAACCUGGAAAACUUUUCA